UCUAUUCCUAUUGUCUAUAGUUCUAUACUCUAUAUUUAUAACCAAUAGCACGGUAUUGGUGAACAAUAUUUUUCUUUAAAGUAUUGUUCAAUUUUGUAGCAUAAUCAACACCUACGGCUAAAAUUGCUACCACAAUAAUGUAUUCUGUUUCAAGGACUAGCCAAGUUAUUAAAUGUAUUUCUCCUACAAUUAGACCUUUGGUAAUUCGUUGCAUAACGAACAAAAUAGAAGAUGUGGGUACGCACACAGGGCAGAAAUGGGAUUCUGAUGACUAUCGACUUGCCAGAUUUGCAUUGGCUCCAAAACAAGUCAACCAAAAUUGGGCUAUUAACUUAAUAGCUGAAGUUCCACCAAAAGAAGUAACGGAGCGAGUGGUAUGGUGUGAUGGUGGAAGUGGGCCAGAAGGCCAUCCGAGAGUUUACAUUAAUGUGGACAAACCUGGCGAUCAUUCCUGUGGAUACUGUGGAUUGAGAUUUGUUAAGAAGGAUCAUCACUAAAAAUGCUACCAAUUCUUAAAUAAUUUUGUCUAAAUAGAAAUUGUAGUAUCAGACUUUAAUUAACUGAUUGUAAUAAAAUUAUUAAAAAAUAUAUAAAUUACUUAUUUAAUAAGUUAAAACAAUAUGUUCUGACCAUAUGCAAGAGCAAAUAUUAACAAGUGAUUAUGUACACAAUAGGCAUAUAAAAAUCCUGAUACACCUUUUUGUUAAUUAGUAAUAGCAAAAUAAUAAACUUUAUUUGAAUAUAUAAGCUACUCAUUUAAA